UCGUCUUCAAAUCUCCUGCUGAAGCAUUGCCCUACCUCUCUUACCUAAGUAUUAUUAUCAAUUCACCGUGUCGACGUCACGAGCAUUGCAGACGAGCAGGCGACUGCCGCUCUCCCACGCUCGUUCGCCCGCAGCGCUUGUGCAGCCACGAAGUGCUCCUUUUGCGUCCCUACGUCGCCCGCUUUUCCACCUUCCUCACUAUCUCUUAUCACAUCGCCUCAUGGCCUCUUCACCAUCCACCAUGGUCAACCACAACAUACCCACGACUGCGACAUCGCACCCCAAUGACCCGAUUCCCUCGGAACCGCCUCACAUCCCCCAGCUCACCCUGCGGCCCACACAGUCACAGCCAGAGUCACAGCUCGAGCAGCACUCGCCAAAGUCCUCGGGUGAGUCGAUACCAUGGAGCUCACAGAGCAGCGAUGGCUCCGAGGCGCCCAUGACGCCCAACACUGAGCCCGACCAGGCUGUAGACGAGGUCGUCGACAAAUUGCAGGACCUCCCUACCGCUGCCGUAAACUUCACAGGGCAGGCGCGUCCCAGACGCGCCUCGACAACCCUCAUCUCAGACAGCCCCUCGGAGAUCAGACGCAUACUGGGCGAGGGCGAAGAGGCCACCAAGCUCAUCAGCAGCUGCUGUGGCGGUGGAUGCUGUCUGCUCAAGACAUUGGCCCCCGACACGUCAUCGCCAAAUUAUGUGCCUGUCGUCGUUCCAGACAAUGACGCCUUCAGAAGCCUCAACCUGCGAUUGGGCCCUCUUGCUCUCGACACUCCUCUCACCAAGACGACCGAUCUGCCCCCAGUCAACAUGUCCCUCGAGCCAUUUGCCAAGGGUGUCGACUUUGUCUCAGAGGUGCACAAGACGCCUCCCAAGUACGUGCAGCCACAUCCACCGUACCAGGUCUACUCUGCGCCACUAUACCACGCCCGCGAAUUGACCAAGCCCGGUGCCGAGAAGAGGACGAUUCACUUUGAUAUCGACGUCACUGACUACCCCGACGAGGGAGGCGUCGAUUUCAAGGUUGGAGGCGCCAUUGGCAUCUGCCCACCAAACUCGCAGGACAUGGUCGACGAUCUCUUCGACAUCCUGUGCAUCCCUAAGUUUGCUCGUGACAAGCCAGUCACUCUUAAAACCCAGACGGGACGAUGGCCCACUAUCUGGGGCGAAGACCAGCCACGCGAGAUGCUCACAACACGUCGCGAGCUAUUGACAUGGUGUGCAGACAUUCAGUCCAACCCGCCUACCAAGAACCUCCUCCGCGUCAUGGCCGAAUACGCCACCGCACCCAACGAGAAAAAGAUACUCGAGUACCUUUGCUCGGCACAAGGUCAAGCAGCCUUCUGUGAUCUGCGAACCGACUCCCACCUCACCAUUCCUCAGAUGCUCAGCGCGUUCCCCUCGUCGAAGCCCCCUCUACCAGCGUUGCUUUCUGUCCUCAACCAGCUCAUGCCUCGUUUCUACUCGCUAUCAAACGAUCCACACAUUUCCUCGGACCGCGCCGGCCUCCACAGCGCCCGCCGUCUCAUUGAAAUGGCUGUCACAAUCCACGAGACACCUGACUGGCACGCCAAGGGUGCUGUGCGUACAGGCGUUGGUAGUGGCUUCAUGGAACGCCUGGCUCACGCAUUUGUCACUGCGGAGAACGAAGGCAUCGACCCUGCCAGUGUGCUCGACCUUCGGGUGCCCAUGUUCCGAGGACUUAUGGCCAACCCCCUUUCGCAGCAAUUUGGUGGCGAGGGCCCCAUGGUACUCAUCGGUGCUGGAGUUGGCAUGGCUCCCUUCCGCGGCUUCAUUUUGAAUCGCCUCAAGAACGCCAACUGCGCGAACAAGAUCUGGCUCAUCCAGGGUGUCCGCGACUCCAAGCUCGACGAAUUGUACUCCGGCGAACUCGGCGACCACGAGCGCGAGAUCAAAAAGGUUGUGCAAAGCCGCAAGGUCCGAGUCGGUGGCCCCAAUAAUGAAGUCAAAUACGUCCAAGAUGAGGUACGCGUACAGGCUGACAUUGUCUGGUUCGUCAUCAACGCCCUCGACGGCCGCAUUUUCGUCUGCGGAAGCAGCAAGGGCAUGGGUGAGGGCGUGGAGGAUGCUCUUAUGGACGUUGCUAUGCAGAAGGGUGGUAUCAGUAAGGCUGAAGCCAAGGAGUUCUGGGCCAAGAAGAGAGACGAUGGCCAAUACAUUGCUGAAACCUGGUAAAUUGGCUAUUGCAUCUAACUGUGUUUGUAUAUAUUUGCCUUGUUGAUUCUUUCACUUCUCGUACAUGCUACCAUCAUUAUCAUCACAUCGCCAGGCGUUGAGCAAAAACGGCGUCAAUUCUAGAUGAGAUGCGCACAAGCAGGCAUAUAGGUCUGAGAUAUACUUUUUCUCUGGGAUGCGGUCUGGGUCGGCAACAG